CUGUUUUUGUUAUUUUUUCAGGUGCAAAAAUUAAAAAAUAAAACAGAAAAAGCAAUGGAAAUCCAGCAAAUAUAUUAUACAUAAUAUUGUAGUAUAUAUUAAUGAUUUAGGUUAGUCAUUUGACUAUCGUGUAAAUCCUGCAGACUAAAAUGACAUAUAACAAUGGGUCAUUACUGUGGUAUCAUGGAAAAAUAUCAAGGGAAGUAGCGACACAAACAUUAUCACGAAAUGGUACUGGAAGGGAUGGUUGCUACUUAAUACGAGAUUGCAGCAGUGCCCCAGGAGAUUAUGUAUUAUCAUUGUGGAAUAAAAAUCAGGUUAUGCAUUUUCAGGUGCAUUGUUUAGGAGACAAUAAAUUUUCUAUUGAUGAUGGACCAAUUUUUAACGGUUUAGACUCGUUGACUGCUCAUUAUAGAACUAAUCCCGAUGGACUGCCUUGUAAGUUAACAAGUUUUUGUCAAGGCCGGAUGCCCCCAUUGAACACAUUAAAAUAUGGCAAAGAAACAAAACUUCACACGUUAUGUGCUAAAAAAGACCACAAUGCUAUUAGACAGUUACUACAGAAUCCAGAGGUAAAGCGGGAUAUAAACUCUAGAAAUAUGCAAGGUGAUACUGCAUUGCACAUAGCAUGCAAUCUUCAUGAUGACAAGACAGUCUCGUUGUUACUUUAUGCUGGUGCUAGCACUGCCGUUUCAGAUAGCCUUGGAAAAACUCCUAUUCAGAUUGUUUGUACUAAUGGCUAUGCAUCAACACUAAACAUGCUCAUAUCUCAAGGACAUGCUGAUUUUCAUGAAAGAAGCCCAUCCAAUGGUUGGGUACCUUUGCACGAUGUGUCAAUGCGUAAUUUUCUAGACUGUGUUAAAGUUUUACUGUCAUUUAAUGCAUCAAUACAUCCUCGGACGUUGGAUGGAGACACGCCUCGUGAUUUGGCAUUAAGAUACAACAACUAUGAUAUUGUUGACUUUUUUGAUAACUAUCCUGUCCCAGCCCCGAAGACUACAAGCUCACAAUGGCUGCAUCAGAAUUUGGACAGAAAUGGGGCUGUUAUCCAACUGGACCAUGCAGGUCUACAAGAUGGUUUGUUUCUGAUCAGAAGUAGUAUCACAUGCCAUGGUUAUUAUGUUUUGUCUCUCGUAUUCGAAAUGAAAGUUUAUCACUUCAAAAUACAAAGUAGAGCUGAUCGUUGGUUUUAUAUUGAUGAUGGACCUUUAUUUGAGACGUUGCCGCAUUUGGUUGAUCAUUACAUACAAUAUUCAGAUGGCCUACCAACUGUUUUGAAAAAACCUGUUGGAAUUCACUCUACUGGUCCUCCACUAAAGCUUCCACCAAGACCUGCUCCAAAAGAUCCACAUCCUCAGUUACCAAUUAGUCGUGAUGUUGAAGGAUCUUUCAAUAAAACCAAACCAUUACACUCUCCGAAACCACCACUUCCGACACCAGCAGGGCGUCCACCUGCUCCAUCUCCUCACCCAUCUGGUCCAGCCCCAGUUCCUGCAUCUAGACCUGGCAGCAUGAAAUCGGCUCCACUUCCGGCUGUUCCUGUAGCACAGCCAAAGCCAGUUGCAAAACAACAAAGUUCUGUGCAACAAACCAUGAUACCUCGCGAGUCGUUAGAAUUAGGACAGGAACUUGGUGUAGGAGAAUUUGGGUCUGUGUUAAAAGGAGUUUGGACAAGUCCUGAUGGUGAAAAGAUAUCAGUUGCUUUGAAAACACUUCAUCAAGAUAAAUUACAACAGGGAGAAAAAGAGUUCCUACGCGAAGCCAGAGUAAUGUCUCAGUUAAAUCAUCCUUGCAUAGUACGUUUACUGGGUGUGUGUCUCGGUCCUCCAAUGAUAUUGGUGCAAGAGCUGAUCACUUUGGGUGCAUUACUGGACCAUUUGAUUGACCACCAACCAGAAAUCCAAGAAGUUGAUUUAAAACUUUGGGCUGCUCAAAUAGCAUCGGGUAUGAUGUAUCUCGAGCACAGAAGAUUCGUACAUCGAGAUUUAGCCACAAGAAAUAUCUUACUUGCUACAAAAAGCCAGGCAAAGAUCAGUGAUUUUGGAUUGUCUCGUGCAGUAGGAGCUGGAAGCGAUUAUUACCAAGCACAGCAAGGUGGAAGAUGGCCUGUAAAAUGGUACGCACCGGAGUCGAUUAAUUAUGGUACGUUUUCACAAAAGUCUGAUGUUUGGAGUUACGGUGUAACGUUGUGGGAGAUGUUUACAUUCGGUGAAUUACCAUAUGGAGAAAUGACGGGAGCUGAGGUAAUAGCGCUAUUGGAACGUGGCCAAAGACUGGAAAAACCCGACGAUUGUCCAGAACAUACUUAUCAGAUCAUGUUGCGUUGUUGGCAUCAAGAACCUGCGCACCGGCCUACAUUUGAAGAACUACACACCAUCUUUUCAACUGAUCCUGAGUAUGAAGAUGCGAGAAAAUACAGAGAAAGGUUGAAAAAAUAAUUCAACAGGUUGAAUGCUCUGUUUCGCAUUUGCCAUAACCUACUGACCUGUUUAACGCCGACUUUUUUUUUGUGUUGAUUUUUGCGACGCGGUUUGGCGGCUUUCUUUUUAUGAGUUUGACGGUGAAAAUCAGAAAUUCAUACCAAUUAGCAGUCGUCAAAUUAUAGACGUUGGCGUAAUAGCGGUUUUCGAGGUCGUGAUUUUGUGGUUUAAUUUAAAAUUAUCGUAACUUUCUUUUUGACGAAUAUCGACUUUGCUUUCUAAGAAGCAGCACUCCCUGUAGAUCGGUUGUUUUUAACAUUUGUCAUUUUAAACACACGCUAGUGUUUGACAAAAGAUUGCGCGAGAAACUUAAUCUAAAUAAAGCACUCAGAAAGCUGCCUAAUAGAUUCGUGUAUAUACUAAGUCUCUGAUGGAAACAAUAAAAGAAGUUUUUGGUCCAUUGAGUGGUCGUUUUUUUAGACACAGUGAAGGAGGGUGAAAAAAAUUGUUCUAGACAAUGAAAAUUCUGAGAUAAGGAGAUUUCUAGCAUUCCCUGUUCAAGUUUAACUAAUAAAUUAAUAUUUUUUGUUGUAACCCUCAGAUUUAUACCAAUAAGUCCACCUUGUGAUAAAUGGAGCUUUGAGCGCAGCCGUGGACACCAUUUUUAGUUUUAGUAUCUCCUCUUAUUUGCAUUCACCGAGAUUAAAAAUGCUUCACUCUUCAGUUGUACAUACAUAUUUUCAUUAUUUUUUUUUAAUUUUAAGUAUCUUAUACUUCUGACAAUAAUAUGGAAAAUAUUUUUUAAAUCUUAUUUUUAUAACAUGUUUUUUUUUAUUAUUGUAACGUUUAGUUCUAUUUCUUUGCUGGACAAGAUAAAAUGAAAUUGUGUC